AUGCCGAUUGUAUAUAAUAAGACGCCUCUUGUGCCACAAUCCUUCCCAGGUACAGAAAUUAGGAGCUCAGAUAGCUUGCCACAAGUAUUGAUCAAAUAUGAAUACUUGCAGCCAAGUGGCAGUUUCAAAAGUAGAGGUAUCGGGAAUUUAGUAUAUCAAAAAGCCCUUCAAAUUCAAAAGAACAGCACCAAGAAUCCGGAAGUAUUUUCCUCAUCUGGUGGUAAUGCCGGUUAUGCAGCAGCUGUGGUAGCUCAGAAGUUGUCUUUGCCCUGUACUGUGGUGGUCCCUGCGGCCACAAAACAAAGAAUGAUUGAAAAAAUUAGAAGCACUGGUGCUAAAGUCACUAUCCAUGGAACUUUUUGGAAGGGGGCCGAUAAAUAUAUGAAGAACUCAGUUUUAAAUGAGAUAAAUACUGAGAAAGUUGAACCCAUCUAUGUACACCCAUCUGAUGAUCCAUUGAUUUGGGAAGGUAACUCCAUGAUUGUCGAUGAGCUAAUGGAAAGUUUGCAAGAGCAAAAAAUCGACCCUUCUAAGGUUAAGGCAAUUGUAUGUAGCGUGGGAGGUGGUGGUCUCUAUAACGGUCUCAUGCAGGGUCUUGAAAGAUAUAAGCUAGCGGACAAAAUUCCAAUCGUUGGGGUUGAAACCGAUGGUAGUCACGUGUUUAAUACAUGUUUGAAAUCAGGUAAGCAUAUCGAAUUUGAGAAAAUUUCAACUGUUGCCACUUCUUUGGGUAGUGCCAGUAUAACUAAGAAAACAUUCGAGUAUGCCAUGAAAUACCGUCCCAGGGGUGUAAUUGUUAAAGAUAUUGAAGUUCUUGAAACUUGUUUGAGAUACACUCAAGACUAUAAUAUGAUUACUGAACCUGCUUGUGGUGCUGCGAUUCACCUGGCUUACCAUGUAGACAUUCUGGAGAAAGCCUUAGACACUAGACUUGAUGGGGAUGAUGUAGUAAUCAUCAUUGCAUGUGGUGGUUCUUCGAAUAGUUUACAUGAUAUGGAAGAAACUUUGAAGAAGAUGAAAAGUGAAAGUCAAUAA